CUAUAUAUAUAUCUCUUGGAACGUAGACGCUGUCAAACAAGUGACAAAAAAUUUGGUGGACUUGGGUCUAGUCGUUGGAAUUUGUGUGUCUGUAUGAGCAUUUUCUGAUCAAAACUUUUUGAGGCCUUUCUGGGUUUCUGAAUCUGAUCACCCAUACAAUUAAUCAGUCAAGAUGGAUGAGAGAAAGAAAGGAACGCCAUCAAUGGGGGUGAUUUUCUGUGCUCUGUUCUUGACUGCAACGUUUCAAGUUUGUUUCUCGGCUGCCAAACAGCUUCAAAGUAACAUGACGAGGGAGACCCAAUCGCCCAAUAGUUUUGGAUCCUCCUUGCUUUUUCCUGUUCAAGGAGAUGUCUAUCCAAAUGGGUUCUUUUAUGCCACCAUAUAUAUAGGGAACCCACCCAAGCCCUACUAUCUUGAUAUUGACACCGGCAGUGAUCUUACUUGGGUCCAAUGUGCAGCUGCACCAAAUGCCAAAUUGCUUAAGUCCCCUAACAAGCCAUACAAGCCGAACAAUAACGCAUUGCUCUGCAAGGACCCAUUAUGUCCCUUUGUUGACCAACCAACAUGCAAGGCACCAAAUGAUCAAUGUGACUACGAGGUUGAGUAUGCUGACUCUGGUUCAUCUCUUGGUGUGCUGGUUCGGGACUCCUUUGCCCUAAAACUCACAAAUGGUUCUGCUUAUAAACCCUCUAUGGCCUUUGGAUGUGGAUACGAUCAAGAGUUUUCAGGUCCAUUUCCUCCUCCUUAUGUAGACGGAGUGCUCGGCCUUGCCAAAGGCAAAUCGAACGUCGUGUCACAGCUACGCAGUUUUGGCCUAGUAAGGAAUGUGAUUGGCCAUUGUUUCAGUGGGCAAGGGAAAGGAUAUCUCUCCUUUGGAGAUGAUCUCUUGCCUUCUGGACUUGUCUGGGCACCAAUGUUGCCCAAUUCCUUGAACCACUAUGUGUUAGGACCAGUGGACCUCCUCUUUGGUCAGAAGGCUUCCGGUGCCAAGGGUCUUUCUGUAAUUUUUGACAGCGGGAGUACCUACACUUACCUCAAUCCCCAAGCUUACCAAGCCACACUUUCCUUGAUAAAGACAGCAUUAUUGGGGAAGCAGUUGAGUGCAGUAAAGGAUGGAAACCUCCCGGUCUGUUGGAAAGGUGCAAAACCGUUUCAAUCCAUUGAUGCUGUCAAGAACUACUUCAGUCCCUUGGUAUUGAGCUUUAAAAAUGCCAAGAAUGUCGGUUUUGUAAUCCCACCUGAAGCUUAUCUCCUUGUCACUUCUAAAGGCAACGUGUGCUUGGGUAUAUUGAAUGGAGCGGAUGCAAAAUUGGGAAAUUCAAAUAUAAUUGGAGAUAUUUCGUUUCAAGACAAAUUGGUGGUUUAUGACAACGAGAGACAGAUGAUUGGAUGGACUCCUUCUAACUGCAAUAAGCUUCCCAAGCCUUGAACUGUUUUUUUUUUUUGGGGGGGGUAGUUAUCCUUUU